GGGAAUCAUCAGCGAGUGAAGAAGAACAAACAUUCUGCUGGGUGGUAGUCAUAUGCAUAUUAAUAUUAAAUAUAUUUGACUUUUGGUUUUGGAGAUUUUUCAUGCUAGUUGUAGAUACGAAAGAUUGAUUGAAUGAAAUUACAAUUUAAUUUCUAAUAGUGCACCAACAAGAACUAUGUCCAUGACCAUAUUGCGACCAACGGCGUCGAUGGCAUUCAACACUGUCACUCGACGAAAGCCCGCAUCUUUCGGCCCGCAGAGAAGCUUGCCCGGGCUGGGUAGUCGGGGCUGCGGACCAGCUGGCGUUACUAGAUCUACGGCUUCUUGUUCCUCUUCGUUUUUUCUGUCACCUUUGCCGCAGCAACAGAGGUAUUUCUUCGGUUUUUCCGAUGCGUCGAGAUCCGCGAAGAAGAGCAAGGCCGCAACAGCACCGUCGUAUGGGACAAAGUCGUCAAAGAAUAAGCAGCGCGCAAGUAGCGGAAGUAGUGCAUUAAAAACUACAGGUCCGCCUCCACCGGCGCAACCUCCAUCGCCUGCUCCAAUAUACAAUCACCAGCCUCCACCACAUGCAGGAGAACAACAGUCGAACCCCAUAGCAAUGAUGUUCGCCGGAAUGUUUGGAACGCUCGUUAUUAUCAUGGUUAUGCAAAGGCUUUGGCCGCGAAAGAUAACUUUAGUGCAUAAGGAUAGAGACGGUUACGCAGUUGAUCCUGCUACGGGAAGAAGGUUGUGAGGACAUAACACACAAUACGUCAUGGUCGGUACGUAUUGACGAAGUACUUAUAUAUAAGUAUAAUAAGAAGUUGAAGCAGUCGUGU